AUGAAUCCCGAAGAAACGAUAAUAAAUAACUUUUUUAAUCUUAUGCUAGGGGCGCAGCCCAUAAGACGCACCAGACAACAGUUGCUAGAUAACCAAGAAAGAUGGAUAAAUCAUUUGGAAAAUAUAAGAAAGAAAAAUCUUGUAAAUUUCGAAACGACGAACAGCACUUUUGCCAAUAAAAAGGCGAAUACCGUAGAUGUUGAACUUGUUCCUAAAAAUCGUAUUUCGAUCUCUCAACUACAAAUUAAUAAAGUUCAUACUGGUAAAUUUUUGUUGUGUCGUGUAAUCACGAAAUGCGCAAAGUCAACUGCGCUUGCCAUGGUUAUUGAAGAUCUGGAAGGUGAAGCGGAAAGGUUAGCUUUGCAUAAUUACAUCCCAGUCAAUAAAAUUCCACCUGGAGGUUUAUCAGUAGAGCAAGCAUCUCGAUUUCUCCCAAUCGGCACCAUCCUUGCUAUUCAAAACCCAUAUUAUAAGAUUUCCCAAGACGGGCAAACCUCGCUUCGAUCUGAUAAUCCAAAUGAGAUCGUGAUCAUAAAGUCGAACGAUAAAUUGCUUACCCAAUUUAGAUGGAAAACAAACAUCGAGUUACCCAGGCACUCGGGGAUUGAAACAUCAAAAAUUUUAUCGGCUGACGAUUUUCGUAUACGUGGAAAUGAAUACUUUGGAAAGAAAGAUUUUAUGUCUGCUUUUGAUGAGUAUUCACACGGAAUUGAACUAGAUCCACAAAAUGUGACGCUUUAUGCCAAUAGGUCAGAGGUGCACUUGCGUUUGAGCCAAUUCAAAGAAGCACUCGAUGAUGCUGAAACGGCUUUGAAGAUUGAUAGCAAACAUCCAAAAGCUGCAAUUCGAAAGGGUAAGGCACUAAUGCAUCUCAAACGAUAUACUGAAUCAGUAAACACAUUUUGUACACUUCUUAAAGAUGAAGCUGUAAAUACGUUGGAUAAAAAACUUGGGAAAGAGAUCGAAGAAUAUCGAAAACAAGCUCAAGAGCUGGAUUCCGAAAAUAAACAUGGAAACUAUAAUUAUAUUAAAAUUAUUAAUGAAUACUUAAAAAAAAUCGAGACACGUGAAAUUAACUUUGGAACUAAGGAAUGGGUUCAUCUGGGAGGGCCGAGGUUAGAUCAUGCAGAUUAUGUAAGCAAUGUAAUCGAGAUCAAACAAGUUGGAAAAAAGGGUCGUGGUUGGGUUGCAAAUAAUGAUAUUCCACAACAUACUCUAUUAAUGGUCUCAAAAGCUUUUGAGAUUGUAUUUAAUCAAGAAACUCGUACGUGCAUGAAUACUAAUUCCAGUACAAAAAUUAUGAAGGAGGCUACAAAUACAGAAUUACUCACAUCGAUUGUCCAAAAACUUCGAGUUGAACCAACACUUGCUCGAGAAAUCUAUGAUCUCUACGCCGGACCGGAAUCGAUUCAUACCACGAGUCCUGGAAAAAUUUCUUCAAAGAGUGUGGAUGUAGAAAGAAUUGAAAAAAUAAUAUUUUAUAAUGCGUUUCAGUCAGAAUUUAUGUGGGAAAUUUUUAAUCAAAAAAUAGAUCAUGGUUGCUUUGGAUCUGGUAUUUGGAUAAAACCCUCAUACUUCAAUCAUUCAUGCAUUGACACGAAUGUGCAGAGAAUAUACUUGGGCGAUUUGAUGUUUGUGCGUGCUCAACGUCCGAUUAAAAAAGGAGAAGAAUUAACUUUAUUUUAUACGGAUCCAGUAGAACCAUUUGAAAAGCGUACAAAAACUCUUCAAAAAUUUGGCAUAAAUUGUCAAUGUCGUCUUUGCAAAUUGGAGCGAGCUGAAUCAAAUAAAGUAAAGCAGCUACGUGUAAAGAUCCAGGAGCGCUUUAACUCUGACAUCACUCCACCUCAGUUCGAAGGAGUUUCGCUUGAUUCAUUAAUCGCAGAAUUAGAAAGUUUGAUUGAGGAACUAGAAUCUCUCAGACCCAAAAAUUACGACCUGGAUUUCUCGUUAAUGAAUGUCAAAACCGCGCUAUCUAUUGCAUAUCAUAAAAACGGAAGUUUCACAAAAUCUAUAACCAUUCUUGAGCAAUUGCAUCAUCUAACAAAAAAGCAUAAUCUUUUUCAUUAUUCGUAUCGAUUUUCUUCCUUAUUGGCUUAUUCGUAUACGAUUACGGCAAAAGUUGAGAAAGCAAAGGAAUAUUUUAAAUUAGCCUUAUAUGAGAUGAUUGCGCCAAUUAUAGGGAAUUUUGAUGUUAGUGAUAGUCAAAUUAGAUCAGAUGUUUUGCUUAUUGCAGAAAAGCUUAAUAUGCCUCAUAUAAAUGAGGCAAAGUUAGCUGGAUUGAUGGAUUGA